AUGACUACCCACCUCGCUGCCGUCUCUCUAGCCAAAGGCCACCCCUUUGAGCUCCAAACCCGAGCCACCCCAAAACCAGGGCCAGGCGAACUCCUCAUCGCUGUCAAGUCUAUAGCCCUCAACCCAGCAGACAAUCAUAUGCGUGGCAGCGGCCUCUUUGUACCUCAAUAUCCUACGGUAAUUGGCUUCGACUUUGCCGGCUUAGUCCUCGAGGUCGGUGACGACGUCCCACCUUCUUUCAAAGCGGGUAUCACUCGCAUUGCAGCUUAUGCUGCCUGCGUCUGGAAGUCCUGUGAUCCGGACUAUGGUCCGUUUCAGGAGAGAUGUCUUGUCCCUUGGCAACAUGCUGUGCCACUUCCGGAUGAGGCCCUGUCAUUGUCCUGGAAUCAGGCGGCGACUUUGCCUGUUGCCGUUCAGGUGCCUCUUAGCGCGUGGGAUGCCAUGGGGAUCCCGCGGAUGAGAGACGCCGAUGUCAACGGAGAGAAGCAAGUUAGCAGCAGCAAUAAUGUAACGAAAAGAGAAGCCCUUCUAAUCUGGGGCGCCUCCUCCAGCGUCGGCACUAUGGGAGUCCAAACAGCCCGAUUACUGCGUGACGAUCCCAACUCCUCUUUCGCGGCUGUGUACGCUACAUCUGGGGUGGGGAAUAUGAGAUAUGUGGGUUCAUUAGGUGCAGACCGUGUGUUCGGCUACAAAGACUCGAAUGUUGUUGGUGCAAUCAUCUCAGCGGCCAAAGAGGAUGGGCUGAUGAUCCGGCAUUGUUUCCUUGCAACCGGGGAACUGGCACCGUGCCAGGCUGUACUCAAGGCAUUCCUUGACAAAGAAGGGGAGCAAGGAGGAGGGAAGAUUGCAUCCGCGCCUGUGGUACCCCCGGAUGCGGAGAUUGUGGAAGGGGUGCAGACGAUCUUUGUGAUGCCGUCGAUGGUGGAAGAGGAGAGGCUGGAGCAGUUCCGGUAUUGGAUGGGGACGUGGCUGAGGAAGAAUCUGGUCAAGAGCUCUAUCAUUCCGAGUCCGGAGCCGAUGGUUGUAGGGAGGGGUUUGGACGCUAUUAAUGUUGGGCUGGAUCAACUACUCCGUGGGGUGAGCUGUACGAAGUUGGUUGUUGAGAUUGCGGAGUGA